AAUUAAUAUGACGCCGUAACCGAACAUUUUGGCGGUCAACAUUUUCUUCCCGUGUUCGGUGUGGAUGGGUAGAGGAAAUCCGACAACCAGUUAGAAUCUGGUAUAUAGAAAAACACGAGGGAGAGCAAACAAUCUAUCUAUGGAAUUGUACAAACACCAUAAAUGGAACCCAGCUGCCAGUACAACUAACAAAAGACGUAUGGAGCCGUUUGGGAACACAUGGGUCCCCCGCCCCAUGUUAGCUUUUCUGCAAUUCAAAGUCUUUUUUUCAAAUUCGUUGAGUGGCAUGUAAAAAUAGUUGCAUUGGACGUCUGCCCCCUUUGACUCAACUCCCUCAACGUCUUAGUCCUUCUCUAGUGUGCUCCUUUACUGUUUUUUAUUUCUUGAAAUUGAAAGUGGGGGUGGGGGGCUUCGAUCUCUCUCUCUCUCUAUAUAUAUAUAUAUAUAUAUAUAUAUAAACUACCCUAGUAACAUCACACUCUUGUUUGAUUCCAUGAAACUGUCCUUUUCUACUUGUGCCCUUUCUCUCUUGAACUUUCCCAUUUUCUCCUUUGAGGUCAAAGGGUGUGUACUGUAGAAGGUGAGGGAGGGAGAUGAAUGCUUCAAAGUUCAUCAAAUGUGUGACUGUUGGCGAUGGAGCUGUGGGGAAGACAUGCAUGCUCAUUUGCUAUACCAGUAACAAGUUCCCAACUGAUUACAUUCCAACAGUGUUUGACAAUUUCAGUGCAAAUGUUGCUGUGGAUGGUACCAUUGUUAACCUGGGAUUAUGGGAUACUGCUGGGCAGGAAGAUUACAGCAGAUUGAGACCAUUGAGUUAUAGAGGUGCAGACAUAUUUGUAUUGGCUUUCUCAUUAAUUAGCAGGGCAAGCUAUGAAAAUGUUAUAAAAAAAGUGGAUGCCUGAACUUCGCCGGUUUGCACCCAAUGUUCCAAUUGUUCUUGUUGGAACAAAAUUAGAUCUUCGUGAUGACAAUCGAUAUCUGGCUGAUCAUAUGGGCUCUAACAUUAUAACACCAUCUCAAGGUGAGGAACUAAGAAGGCAAAUUGGUGCAUCAGCAUACAUAGAGUGUAGCUCUAAAACUCAGCAGAAUGUGAAAGCAGUAUUUGACACUGCAGUUAAGGUUGUGCUUCAACCUCCAAGGAGGAAGGAAGUUGCAAGCAAGAAAAAGCGCAAAAAUAGCAGCUUCUCAAUAGUGAGGGGUAUAGUUUGUGGAGGUUGUGCUGCUUAGGGGGCGAAGUUUUUGCGUCAACAUAUUUGUCAACCACUCGUUUCACCGGCAGCAGGGAAUCCCAAUAUGUUUUGUAAUUUUGAAUGUAGCUGCUGUUAUUAUUAGAACUGAGCUGAGGCGAGGAGGAAUCAGCUCUCAAUUUCUGUGUAUUAUUACUACUUAUUCGCUGCUAGUAUCUUUAACAAAUGCCCUUCGAUGAGUUGUUUUCCGCAAUGUAGUUAUCUCCAUCAAUCUUCUUUUUUGUACUUCACCCCGCUUAAAUUGUCUGUUGCGAUCUCUCUGGUGCUGGUGGUAAUACAAAGAUUAAAUGUGGGUGCUACUA